AUGAUUCGCCAUUAUUCGACUUGCUGCCACUUAGAGCUUCAGCAACGUUCUGUGGAGUUCACUCAGGUCUUUGAGCAGCCUGAGCACCUUCGUAUAGGCUUGUUCGAAUGCAUGCCACUUGUUGAAUCUCGACUGGCUGGAAGCGUUCAGGUAUCUUCCACUGGUUGCUUAGGCCUUGAUGGCACUGAUCCUAUUCCUUCAGGUGGGCUGGAGUUCAGUUUAAAGAAGGAAUCUCCUGCAACGAUAGCUACUAGCGACAGUGUGGCAGUGAGUUCUCCUUCAGUCAGCGGUGCACUUAAUAUACUUGGAGGGCCAAUGGCAGUGUCGGGCACUCCUAAUAGCUCCAUCCAAAUGGCCCCGGCUAUGAAUGGAGGCUCUUUUGCUGGGCAUAUACCUACAGAUAAUGAAGUUUGUCUACUUGACCUUCUUGGUACAAUAGAUGACAAUUCACCCACCGUUCAACCAAUUACUGUUGAAACUCAAAAUCAAGAAAUAUCAAAAAACAUAAAUAUU